AUGUCUCUCGGUACACUUUACGGGAAUUUCCGUAUCAGAACUUGGGUCCCCCAAGCAAUUAUUAAGAAAUUUGGUCUCGACAUCAAGAUCAUCGCACCAGAGGACAAUGAGCAACAAUUUGCCAAGGACUUCCCCUUAAAGAAGGUCCCCGGGUUUUUGGGCCCAGAAGGUUUCAAACUCACUGAAACCAUGGCUGUGAUGUACUACUUAACCAAGCUUAUCCCUGAUGAGGAGGCCAAGAGGGAGCUGCUCGGCGCAAACGCUGAGGAGCAGGCCCAGGUCAUUAGGUGGCUGUCUUUCGCCAACAGUGAGUUGCUGAUCGAGUUGGUAAACGUAUUCAAGCCUCUCUUGGGUAUGUCUCCAUUUAUCAAACCUUUGUUUGACGCUGCUGUUGCCAAGGUCGACCAGAUCACCGCUGUCUUUGAGGAGAGGCUCAUCGAGCACACUUACUUGGCAUCUGAAGACAUCACGCUGGCCGAUCUCUUUGCUACCACCGUUUUCGCCAGAGGAUUUCAACACUGCUUGGGCUCUGAAUGGCGGGCAGCUCACCCAGCAAUCACCAGGUGGUACAACACCGUGAAGGCGUCCGACUACCUGGAAGAGUUCUUUGUCGACUUCAAGCCUUGUGACAAGCCUUUGCAGCCCCCACAGAACAACAAGAAGAAGGAGGCCAAGAAGGAGACAAAAAAGGAGGCCAAGAAGCCCUCUGCAGAAAAGCCUAAGGCAGCUGCUGAGGCCGAGAAGCCAGCUGAGCAGCCCAAGAAACCUAAGCAUCCUCUUGAGCUCCUUGGCAAAGCCAGCUUCCCGCUAGAAGACUGGAAGAGAAAGUACUCUAAUGAAGACACUAGACCCGUCGCUUUGCCUUGGUUCUGGGAGCAUUACAACCCAGAGGAGUACUCCAUCUGGAGAGUCGACUUCAAGUACAACGACGAAUUGACCUUGUGCUUUAUGUCUAACAACCAGGUUGGCGGCUUCAUGGAGAGACUGUCCGCCUCUGUCAAGUACAUGUUCGGCUGCAUUGUCGUUUACGGUGAGGACCGCAACAACGGUAUCGUCGGCGCUGUCAUGCUCAGAGGCCAGGACUACGUCCCAGCCUUUGACGUCGCUCCUGACUGGACCUCUUACGACUACGCCAAGCUUGACCCAAGCAAGGAAGAGGACAAGGAGUUCAUCAAUACCAUGUGGGCUUGGGAUAAGCCUGUGGUUAUUAAUGGCGAGCCAAGGGAAAUCAGCGACGGAAAGGUCCUCAAAUAA